CUCGCUUUCCCCGCUCAGCCUACCAACGCUUCAUGACACAAAGGACGCCUGGCCCUGGGAGGGAUGGUGAACAUCUAGCGCUGUCGUUGUCCGAACCCCGUUGCACGCUUCGUAGGCGAACUCGGGCAGCCGUCCGCGUUCAGGCUAUCUACCGUGGCGAGAGAGCCAGAAAUCGCGUGGUGCAACCCGCGCUUGACGCUUUCCGUGAUGUUUGUGAGAGAAUCUCCGCCGAAGGUCCUAGUGGCUUGACGACGGCAUGUAUUUGCGGACCCGUGAAGCUCCCGCGUUGGUUCAGCGACGGCCACAGCGACAGCUCCCGAUGCUCAGGUGUUUGUGGUUGUGAUUUUCAUGGCGCUGCUGCUAGUUGUGACUGCACUGCUGAUGCCGCUGCAACUCCUACUCCUGCUCCUUCUGCGGCUAUUGCUGUCGCUGAUGCGGCUACAAUGCCUACCCCAGUCAUCGAGGAGCAUCAAAUGCAACCCUCUCCGCCAGCCACGCAAUCGCGUCUUGGUCCAGGUGCUGCCGCUGCUAUCCUUGCUUGCACUGGCAGCCGACGAGACCCCAUCGAGACGACGGAGCAAGAGAGUGGGAAAGAAGAGGAGAUCGUGCAGUCGAACGCCACAGCAGCCGGAGAACCGAGUCAGCCUGGGCAUGACGGCAGUAGCGGCCUCGGCCUGCCCCAGAUUGCAGAGAAAUCUACAGAAGAACGCGAUCUGAUCGGUGGAGGUGAUGGUGCAGUAGCUGAAAAAUCGGCUGGACGUGAUAAACUUCGGCAUCAGGAACAGUCGGUGGCGUCGAGCAAUGAUAACGAGAAAGCUCUCGGGUGCCGCCUUGCCCCACCACCUUCCUCGGAAAGUGGGGCGACAACGCAAGGAGGAGGCAGCGGCGGCGCUAGUGUUGGACUGCUGGCCGGGAGCACCUUGAAGCAGGGAGAGGUGGAUAGCCAACAACCGCUGAUGGCCAGGUCUACCCCCGCAGCUGAAACGGACUGCUUCACCUACAGCGACGGCGAAAGUGACAGCUGCGCCUCUCCGACACCAGCAACGAACACCAUCGAGAACUCCGAUGUACUCAUGCCGAACGACGAUGCCCCUGCUUCUCCCGAAGUUGUGGUACAGGUCACGGCUGUUGCACCGCGUUAUGGCGCCGAGGGUGGUGUCGUCCAAACGCCAUCGUACAAGCAACAAGAAUCACGCCGACCUUCGCACGUUGUCGGUGAAAUCAUUGCUUCUGUCGCAGGAACCAGCAGCAUCAAGCAUGGCAAAGACAACUUCGAUGGUGAAGCAGUUGUCGGUGACGAUGUGGCAACCGGAUAUGAAGGCGACGAAUGCGAUAAUGACACCCCGGCGGCCGACGACAUGGGGAAUAAGAACGCGCUCCCGGGGCAUUCGUGGGAUACAGCGAGUGCGAUUGUCCCAGAAUUCCCAGGUGGGGGGAAAGAUAGUCGAGAAGGAGAAGUUUUUCUCGGAGGACGACGAAGCAGACGCGAAAGCGAAAGAAGGCGAAAAUCUGAUCUUCUGGUCGACGCCUGGACCACCUCCUCGUCCCCGACUCGACAUGACUCACAGCCUUGCGGCAGAGAGCAAAGCGGCGGUGACCGCCUCUGGUCGAGCCUCGCCUUGUCGACCGCCAGCAGUUUUGAAGCGUCGCCGCUGAAGGGGGAGACCAUCCCGGCUCUGGCGCAUUCCGCGAGAAGCGAUUGCUCCACGGCGCAUCGUCUCGGCGAUGGCGACGGCGCCGGUGAUGACUUCCUUCUGGCGGAUUCCGCGGAGGUGCCGGCCAUCAGCAAACCAACCUCUUCCAUUUCUGGCGGUGUUGGUGACGAUGUCCCGAAACCUUUCUUGUCGUGGUUGGACGAGGGCCCACGAUACUCUCGCCCAGACGAUGACCCUGGGGCUGCGGAAGGGCAUGACAGACGACCCUUAUUUUCCCCUGACAUCGAUCGGCGAGCAACGGGAAGAACCGAUGUCCAGGAGAGCCACCAUCCAAGGGCGCCGCGCACUUUUGCUGGUGACGGUGUCGGCGUACUCAAUGGCCAACACCACGAAGACAGAACACAUGAAGUCAACGGAGCCGUGCGCAUCGAAGACUGGAGUUCGCGAGAGCUCGAGGAGGAGCUACGCCGAAUUCGGGGAGCGGUAGAGAGUCGAGUGAGAUACCUACGCUCCGUCAUGCAGCAGCCUGGAUCCGGAGCGACUUGACUGGUCUUCAUGUGACAUGGCGACAAGCCUGGUCGGACCCCGUCGACAGACGAAAGGAGCAUUUCCGGGAGAUCCAGCAGCAGCAACAACAAGGAGUGCUUGGUUUGGUUACGCGAACACCACUAAUUUUCUGUUCCGAUUUGGUGGGAAGUUGUGCACUUGUGUGCGUUGGAAUUUGUACGGCAGCUACCUCAUGUCCUCGAUCGGACCUUAGGGAAAGGACAGCUACACCGCCUUCUGCCUCUGAAUUUCCCACUACUUGCACGCCCCCACGCUUUUCGUGGGCUUGGGUUGACGGUGCAACGC